GUGUGAGGAGCAGGAGCGCGAUUCACGUGUCGCGUGUUGAGCUCGAACAGAACAAGAAGAGAUCGCCGCUGGGUCCCGCAUCGCCGAUCCUCAGGAGCAACCAACAAUCACGAUCGCAAAUGGCCGAGGCCGGGGCAUAUAAUGUCACGCAGCAGGAACCAGGGAUGGCAGUCCCCCAGAUGGGAGGAGGUGUCAACGUGGCCGCAGGGAGCAACGCGGGUGGUCUCAUGUCCGCCUGGUGCCUCGGAUGCGCCUGCUGUUGCUGUUGCUGUUGCUGCUUGUUCUUCGUUCUUCCUUUGCUCUUGGUCUCUUCAGUGAUCCUGCCUGUAAAUCGUCGCUUGAUGGAAUUGCUGGCACCGGAGGAGUACGAGUUCGCCGAGUGGGCGACAGUGUCGGACGUCCACGAGUGCUCGUCUGUCGUCAGCGAUGUCUUCUCGAAGAACGGAAACCUCGGCGACGCUGCUGUCUCCGCACUUCUCUGUAUGGGUGUCGCGGCUCCGCACCUGAUGGGACUCGGCGGGGGAUUCCUGGCGCUCUACUUCAACGAGAAAAGAAAUAAAGUCGAAGCUUUGAAUGCCCUUGGAAUAUCGCCAGCUGACGUGACCAACGUGGAUGAGAAUGCAGUCAAGCGAGGAGCCAAUGCGUCCAUUGUCCCGGGAGCACUACGAGGAUACAAGGAACUUCACGAAAGACUCAGAGGAACCAUGAAAUGGGAAGAUCUCUUCGCCCCCGCUAUUAAGUUGGCCAAAAACGGCUUUCCCAUCAAGAAGCACUUUGCAAAAGUUCUCGCCAAGCAUGCAACUGAAUUAUCCAAUACAGAUAUCAAGAAAAUCUUCGAUGGCGUCAGCAAGGAAGGCGACAAGCUUGUGCAGCUGGAUCUGGCAAAACUUCUGGAGGAUAUUUCGAAGAAAGACGCAGAUCAUUUCUACACCGAAGUCUGCGAAGAAAUUAUCAACGGCCUGGGAGCAGAUGCUGUGUUGACCAAGGACGACUUCAAAAACUACAAACCUACCUGGUCUCAGCCAGUGAAGAGAGAAUUUUUUGACUACACAUUUUAUACUCCACCUUUUCCAUCCAGCGGUGUGUUACUCCUCCCAGUGAUUCCGUGGACAUCGCUCAAGCUCUCGCAUAAGUUGAAGCAGAACGAAGAUGAAGGUUCGGAAGCCUUAGCACAAGGCAUAGAUUUGCUCUUCAACCCCAGCUUGGAGCAGAGCCUGAGCAGCGUGCUGGCAAAGUUACCAGACCUCGAUGGAGAUGCACCCGACAAAGGCUUUCCGCAACUUGUGAAAGAAAUAGAGGACAGCAUUGCUUAUAACCAACCAGCCAGGAGCUCACAGCACAAGAUCGUUCCAGACUACGGUGGUGUCCACUUAUCUAUAAUCAAGGGUUACGAAGCCGUGACUAUCAUCUCCGGCAUCAACGAACCGUUUGGAAGCAAGAAGGCUUCAGUACCAGGCCUCAUCAUGAACAACUACAUGAGCGCGUUCGCCACGACACCCGACAUGCCAAAUGGUCUUAAAGGCGGCAAGCAGCCCAGGACAUCUAUGGUCGCCGUGUUCGCGAAAAAGAGCGGACAGCGAGUCCUCCGCUUCCAGGCGGGGGCCGGAGGAGGACUUCCUGGAAUGUGGGCUUUGGUUGAGGUCUUAAAGUGCAUCUUUACUCGCAAUGUUUCUACCUGCGUCCGGUCGCCGACUAGAACCCUUCCCACACCACCCGUGACCGCAGACAACGAUCCCGACAUUGAGGCCACGGCCAGUGGAAUAUUCGCCAAGAAGCCCCUCGUGUCAUGGCUCGCCCCGAACGACAACGUGCACUGCGAUGGUACCAGUGACGGCGAGGAAACAACGGCGGUCGAGAAGUACAACGCAGUCAGAUCGAAAGACUACUGCGUGAGGACAAAAGAAUGCCACGUGAUUGAGCAGAUAAUGAAAGACAUUCUUUCCAAGCAGACAAAGAACAGACACAAAUAAAGAGCAAUAUUGGAAGAUCUA